AUGUCUGUAGAUUUGACUCCAGGGGCUGCAGACUCGAAGUUAGAGGAGGACCCAUUGGGAAUCGACAAGUUGAGCAUUGAUUUUGAUUAUUUGCUUUACAAGAUCCAUGGUUACGUGGAAACAAUUCAGUUACAAACCAUUGAUAUUUGUCAUAAUCAAUAUACUUUGAUUGAUGAAGGAAUUAUAGAAGGUGUAAUCGACAGAAAUAUACAGGAAUUCAAGAAGUUGUUGGAAAAAUGCAAUGAAUUGGAAAACCACUUCGAUAUGUUAGAUCAAAUCGAAAUGAUCACGAAAACUUUCAGCGAAAGAUUGACGGAUUUGGUGACAGAAUACAGGCAAAUAAAACAAUCGCGAUCGUAA